ACAAUUUCUUUCUUUCCAAGUGUGCGUAUUGCGCAAAGUAGUUAGUUGUCAAUUUUUUUCGAAUUGGUUGAAAAAUUAGUGUAAUUUUACCAAAAUGUUAUCGUUAAUUUGUCAGGCUUAAGUUAUGUAUAAAUAUACGCAGUUAUAUGAGAAUAGAUUAUCUUGUUAUUUAAUAAGUAGUGCGUGUACUUAUUCUUAUAAAAGACAUCAUGGUGCAGUGUCACCCGCCUUUGGAGCUAGAAGAAUUGCCAAAAGAAGACGAAGAAAGGCUAGAAACUCUUUUUUCUAAAUUAGACACUGAUGGAAAUGGCAAGAUCGACAUCCACGAUCUAUCCGUGGCCCUCAAGGAGCUGGCUCCACACAUCAAUCGUAGCUAUGCAGAGAAGUUCCUGGCGAAGUCUGGGGGCAAGGACGCUGGGGACAUCACGCUGUCCGAGUUCAUCCACUACGUGCGCGAACACGAGAAGAACCUGCGCCUGCAGUUCUCGCACCUCGACAAGAACAAGGAUGGAAAAGUGGACUUGGAAGAACUAAUAUCAGCUUUUGCCGACCUCGGCAUAGCUAUUGGGAGGAAUGAGGCUACCAAUUUAUUGAAAAGAAAAGCUGGUUGGCCAAAUUUCUGGUGGAUGGACCAGGACGGCAGCCUCAACAUCAGCUAUGACGAAUGGAGGGACUAUCUCCUUUUGGCGCCAGGAAGUGACAUCCAUGCCCUCAUACACUUCUGGAGGCAUUCUACAUACCUGGACAUCGGGGAGGACAUGAACGUGCCCGAUGACUUCACCCAGAGUGAGCUUCAGACAGGCAAGUGGUGGCGCCAUCUGCUGGCCGGAGGCAUCGCAGGCGCGUUCAGUCGGACAUGCACUGCGCCCCUUGAUAGACUAAAAGUCUUUUUGCAGGUAAACCCGACUAGAGAAAAUAUGUCAAAAUGUUUUAAAAGAAUGAUAAAAGAGGGAGGCAUCACAGGACUAUGGCGAGGAAACGGGAUAAAUAUAAUAAAGAUAGCACCCGAAUCGGCGAUCAAGUUCGCCGCGUACGAACAAGUGAAAAAAUUGAUAAAAGGAGAAAAGAGGAAUCAGCCGUUAGCGAUACACGAACGAUUUGUCGCCGGCGCCACGGCCGGCGCGUUCAGCCAGACUGUGAUCUACCCACUAGAGGUGCUAAAGACAAGAUUAGCUUUAAGAAAAACCGGCCAAUAUUCUGGUAUUGUCGACGCGGCGAAAAAAAUUUACGCCAGGGAAGGGUUGAAGUGUUUCUACAAGGGUUACAUUCCAAAUAUUCUUGGUAUUGUGCCUUAUGCGGGCAUCGAUUUGGCGGUGUACGAGACGCUGAAGAAGAAGUACAUUAGCAAGUACCAGUCCAACAACGAGCAGCCGGGUAUGCUUCUGUUGCUGGCGUGCGGGAGCACGUCGUGCACGCUCGGACAGGUGUGCUCGUACCCGCUCGCGCUCGUCCGGACGAGAUUGCAGGCCCAAGAAAACGCAGCGAAAGGCGCAGAAGGUACAAUGGGGGGUGCGUUCCGCGAAAUAGUCCAGAGGGAGGGCCUCUUCGGGCUCUACCGCGGCAUCACGCCAAACUUCAUCAAGGUCAUCCCUGCAGUGUCCAUAUCCUACGUCGUUUACGAAUACGCCAGUCGCUCGCUCGGAGUCAACAUGACGUGAUCAGCCCACCGAGCGCCGAAGAGCUCAAAUCCUUUAAUUCUCUAAGCAAAGCAUUGCAUUUUGUUGUAAAUACCUCUUGUGUAAGUCUUAUUUAUUCGUGAAAUAAUUCCAAUUAUUUAAUUAAUAGAUCUAUCCCGGUAUUUAUUGUGUUGUGCAGAUCGCUUAAAACGAGACGAGUACGUGGAAUGUAACACACUUUCAAUGACACUGGAAGUAUAUCUGUGAUUAUAAUAAAUUAUGUAAUUUUUUUUUUA